AUGAAGACAUUUAUCUUAAAUAAUUAUGAUUGCAUUGGAUUUGAUUUAGAUAGUACUAUUUUGCAAUACAACAUUAAGAAUUUAAUUCAGUUAGAAUAUAAAUUAAUUAUUGACUUUCUCAUUAAUAAAAGAGGUUAUAACCCAAAAUAUUUUAAUGAAUCUUUAACGGACAAAGAUUGGGAUUUUAUGCAAAAUGGAUUAUUCUUUGAUUUUGAGAAAGGUAAUAUUUUGAAACUUAGUUCCAAGGGAAAGGUGCAUAGUGCAAGUCAUGGAACUAAGUUUUUAAAUGAUGAAGAAAUUGAACAGUAUUAUUCUAAUCGAUUAUGGGAUUUAAGUAAAAUAUUUAUUGAAAAUCCAUUAGUAACAAGAAAUGGACCAUUAUCAUUAAAAAUUAGAACAUUAUUGACUUGUUUUGAUAUGCCAAUCAGUAUAAUUUUUGCCAAAGCAGUUGACUUAUUAGAUGAAGAAAAUGGUAAACCCUUAGAUAAAUAUAAUAUCUUGCCUGAUCUAUUGGAUGCCAUUCUUGACAUGUAUGAAAGGGAACAACUAAGGAAUAAUGCUGGAAAUUUUUAUUCAGAACUUAAAAGAAAUCCAGAAAAAUACAUUAAAAAAUGUAGUCCUGAAGUGUUAGCUUGGAUUCAAGAGCUUAAGAAAACAAAGAAAAUUUUUCUUGUCACUGGAUCUAACUUUGAUUUUGUUGAAUUUACUACUAGUUAUGCAUUCUGUGAAAAUUUACAAUCACUUUUUGAUAUAAUUGUAUGUUAUGCAAAGAAACCAGGAUUUUUUACUGAAAAUCGACCUUUUUAUUCCUUAAAAAAUAAUUAUGAGGAUAAAAUAUUAUCCAGUGAAGAACUUGAAGUAGGAGGAAUUUAUAAUCAAGGAAAUUUUAAAGAUUUGCAUAAAUUUUUAGCACGAAUUUCAAAUAUAAGCAAUCCCAAAUGUCUUUACAUUGGUGACAAUUUAAUAGAAGAUAUAUAUUCUCCUAAUGUUAGUGGAAGCUGUAAUACAUUAGCUAUUAUAUCAGAACAAUUAUCAGAAGGGAUGUUAGGUUAUGAUAUUCCUCAAGAUUAUGAACAGGUUUGUAAUUCAAAAGUAUGGGGCUCUUUUUUUAUUCUAAAAAAUUCAAGUGGUCAUGAGCAUUCAUAUUGGAAUCAUAUGAUUAAAAAAUACUCAAAAAUUUGUAUACCUGAAUUGAAGAUGAUUAUCAACAUAUCUCUAGAUGAGCCUUUAAAAUGUUUUUGUAAUGAAGAUGAUGAUAAAGAAUUAAAUGGUUAUUAUCCUGCAAAACCAAUUUCUAUAUUUAAUUUAUAA